AUGGACAAAAGCAAUGAUCUCCCUUCAGAAACAGCUCCCGAUACUUCGUCCAAACCAUUGUCCAGGGGCAAUGCCGAGCAUGGCGUCACAGAGACAAAUGCUGAAAAAGCUGACCCUGCACUUGAGGAUUUCGGGCCCAUUUCUCUUGACACGCUUCAAAUAGAAGACUCUCAUUAUGAAGAUGGAAUACGCGUCCUUCUGCGAAAUGCUAAGAAUAUUCAGCGCCCACAUCUGGCCACCUCGAAACGAAAUUUGCAUUUCCUUACUCUAUACGCUCAAGUUCCUUUGGAGCAGAAACAACCUAAGGAUGAAGUGGUUGCCAUAAGCCAAGGGCCAGGCGACAUUAAGUUCUCGAUGCGAUUCCACGCAGAGACUGAAAAUGACUAUUCACAACCUGCCUUAUGGUGGGAGAUGUACUUCAAUCCCGCUAAUGACAACAUCAUCUUGGUGAAUCGAUCAGACGUUCCGCUGAGUUGCCAUAGGCUGGUUUCUGGCACUACGUCGGUCAUCAACCCCAUGAUGCCAGGCAGCUUGAGCCCUGCCACCUGGCGCGUGAAUGUGGGGGAUAUUGCCAUUGCAGAGUUUAGGAUUAUACCAAAACGACAAUCAGUAAAAGCCAUGGCGCUAGAUCCAAGGUCGGGCAUCCCCGAUGAGCCGGAGCCCGCAACGAUCGGUUUCAGCGAAACCAACCCAUUGCUCAGUAUCAACGAGACUGAGACCGUGGCGGUUUCGGGACCAGCUACUGAUCAAUACCGGAUUCACAAGCACUGCGGUAUUUCGAGAUCUGCCCUGUCCACCAUUUAUCUUGCGGAAGAUUCAAGGCGUCCGGGUCUCAUCGCUGUGAAAGUUCUUCACCCACGAAGGGCGGAUCCUGUCGUGUCCAAUAGAGACAUCGUCCGCAUGGCUGGAAGGUGGGAAAAGCAAUUGAAAAACUAUGAAGGCCUGAAGCACAAGUCCAUUGCUCAACAUUAUGGCCAUGACGGCCGGUUUCUGUCCAUAUACAUGGAGUACGUGGAUGCUGAAGACUUGGCAAGUCGCCAGUGGCGCGCCGUUGCCAGUGGACACGAGUUCACAGGAGAGAAAACUGACGCAUCGAGGAUUGCCAAGGAUAUAUCCAGCGCGCUAAGUUACAUUCAUGAGCAUGGUGUGCUUCAUAAUGAUAUUAAGCCUGCAAACAUCCUAUACUCACACUCACGGGGGGGAGUGCUCGUCGAUUUUGGUUGUUCAACCACAACAAAGAACUCGUCGUUCACUGGCGGCACGCCAUACUACAUCCCUCCGGAAUUCAUUGGAAAGAAGAUUCGCGGCCCGCCUGCUGAUGUUUGGGCGCUGGGCAUCACCAUGCUCUACCUGCUCCGCAAAACUGGUCUUCCUGAUGCGCGCGCGAAACGUGGCCGCGCUCAAUCACUAUAUUGGCUGAUCGCGAGUGUGAACAACGGGCGCAUCCCCCACACGGCAUAUGGUAACGGGGAAUCGGCCAUCAGUCAAAUGAAUCAAUGGUUGUCAGAGAUCGAUGAUCUCAAGGCUAGGCUCAAUGCUAAUGACUCGCUUGAGCAACUGAUCUUAAAGAUGCUGGACGCGGAUCCUGAUAAGCGUAUUAGUGCCAAGAGUCUGGCACAAGAGGCAGAGAAUCUUGAUGAACGUUCUGACCUGAAUCAAGGAGAUGAAUUCCCCUCCAUUCACCCCGAAGAUCAAAACCCUCCCUGCAAUACGCUCUAUCUCGCGAACCUGUCAUUCGAUACCAAUGAGGAACAACUUAAGGCAGUGUUUUCCAAACAAAGAGGAUACAAGCGACUUUGCUUUCGUACGAAACAAGAUAUAAUAAUGUGUUUUGUUGAAUUUGAAGACGUCUCGCUUGCUACAAAGGCACUUCAUGAACUUUAUGGCCAAUCUCUUAUACUUAAUACUCUUAAGCUUAAGAGUAUUAACGGGGGCAUAAAGAUUAGUUUCGCAAAGAACCCUCUCGGCGUUAGAUCUAGCAACAAUGAUGCUCUUUCGGGUGAUGACCGAGAUCUCAGCCUCGCAGAGCCCCCUAAGGGUACCAACUCGCCCUCGCUAACUGCAAUUCUAUCGCCACCUGCAAAUGUGCCAGAUAUUCUGCAGGUGCCAAGUUUGGCCGAGGCACCACCUCCUACAGACUCGGGAUACGCAUCUACGAAUGCAGUUGGCAGAGGAUUCGAAUCACUGAAAAAACAAGAUAUCCAGGCUCCUGCACCAUCGUGGGAGGAACUGGCAAGCAAUGACGCCAACGACACAGCUACCCAGUAUUCUAAUUUUUCCAGUUUCUCGUUUUCGAGGAGCCAUAAUUUAAUAUGGGAGCUCGCAAGUGAUUUAUUUAACAAACUCAACUUAUCCAUCACAAAUGAAGCCAUGAAGGAAAGAGUCUCGGCAAUUUUGCCCGAGCUGCUAAAAGCUUUCGCAUUGAAGAUUGGCUGCGGAGCAUCAUCUCAAAUGCAUCGAGACAUUAUGUCUUUUGUCCAUAGAAACAGACGCGAUAUUGCUUCAGUCUUUAUUGAUAUUGCCUUCGCAGAAGAUCCAGAAAUUACUGAUGAGAAUAUGGAUUCAUCAGAUGCAAUGGAUCUGGAAGACCGUAUGCGCCUAUGGUACGAGAUGAGAAAUGAAGACGAAACCCCACUAGAGAAUGAGAUGGGGGACUUGGAUGUUGAUGAAAUGACCGAGGAUUUCGCAUUUGAUGAGAUUGACGAGGAGGAAGAAGGGCCAUUCGAGUGGGUUGCAGCUUACCAAGAGCUACUCUCCGGCAGCGAGGCGUACACAUGGCUACUCAAUCGACUUCUCGGAGAAUUCCAUCUCGUUCAAACAGAGCCGAAUAGCAUUCAUACUAUUCGUGAGAAAAUUGUGAGCUUGUUUCCACGGACCCAAAGGGUUAGCAGAAAGGAGACCCCAAGGAGCUCCACGGUUGUAUUUGACCUUGAUUGGGAUAUUCAUGAAUUCUUCGAGAAUCAAGCGUAUCCCAACCGACCCGAAGAGGCGCUCACGACUGUGAUUACUCUCACUGGAUCUUUCCUAGAUGCGCAAGCGGCAACUUGUGCGCAGUAUAUCCACCAGACUUGGCCUUCAACUGGACAGAAUAUAGUUGAACUCAUCAAAGGGGCCCUCGGCAGUGAAGAUGGGGCAUAUCGAAUUGAUUCAUCUGGCGGAGCAACCUUGCGAGCCGUGAUUGCCAGACCCAGACUGAUGGUGGAAAUUUGCGGCGAUAUAGCUUCUGUGAUCGAAGUCGGAGAACAGUUAGGUUGGCUCGGAGCGGCGUUGAGGACGUCACAGAGACAAGAGGGUAUUGUUUACUGUACGCCUCAAAUUUGUGAUCUGCCCCAGGACAGCGCACCUCUCCGUCAGUUCAAAUCACGGCCACCAUCUGCAGACCUCCUCUUCUGUCAGAUUGGCUUCACCCAAGAGGAUAUUCCAGGGUCUCCUGAGCCUGUGAAUGGGCGGUGCUGGCAUGAUGCUUUUAGAAAUCCUGUCAUUGUGCGGGGGUAUCCCAUUCGGCAAAGAGUCGAAUACGGCACAGGUCUAGAAAUGCCACUGAAUAUUAUGGCAGGUCUAGUUCAAACUCAGCAAAUUGAUCGGUUUAAAGACAGGAUCUAUAUCAAGGGCUUUUCAACUAUGCUCCUUUUAACCAGGCGGAGUGAGGGUAGCCUCUACUGGCACUUGAUCUAUAACAAGGACGGAACUCGCAUAUCCUACCUGGAUGCGCAUGAAUAUAAAGUCAACCAAGCCCGGGAUAUCGCGCAGUCAGAGUUAGAAAGCCUUCGCCAUGUGUUGGGAUGGUGCUCUGAAGCGAAGUUUUAUGCUGGAUCGUCUGAAGCACACCAUCCAGUUGCUCACUCUGGGCUCCCCAGAGUCCAUCCUGGAUGUGUGCUAGCAGGCACAAAGGUCUCAUCUGGGCGGAUGAUCAAGGAUGGCCCUGAAUUCUCCAUUGGAUCGAAGGAUAGGCCGGUACAAAUAUCCCAAAAAGGCACGAUCCGGCGGUUGAAAUGGAUAUCCACCAAGUUUGUUCUUCUAUGGGAUACACAUGAUGAAAGAGGUUGGCUGGUCAAUGGCACAAGUGCUCUCCUACAUGUGAUGAGAGCAUCUUUAUCUCACGCAAGCAAAGAUCCCUUCCGGUCGGCUUUCCUUUUCAAAAAUACGGAUAUGGAAGAAGCAGAAACACCGUUUACCGCCAACUCUGCCGUGGAGGUAUUGAUUAAUAAACACAACCGAAAUCUCAGGCUCUAUGAGGAUGAUGACGAGGAUGGAGGUUAUAUUCUCCUCAAAACUCAAAUUGACCACUUUUAUAGCCUCCUGGAGAAGCUCAUAGAUCACCAGGCCGACGUAUCAUCAGGCAAUAAUCUCCAACUGACUGAUAGGCCCCGGAGAUAUCUUGAAGGAUGGGACUUUGAGGAUUUGGUAACCGAUUGCGACCCUUUGCGCCCGCGGGUGGCCACCAUACAACCGAUCGGCAAGGGAUGGGUCGAUUUUGUAAGGGACAUUCAUGCUGUUGUGCUGCUUGGUCGCGGCUUUGGUGACAUUAUACGACCGUCAGGUACAGGCUUAUGCGAGUACUGGGCGGACUUACCAAAGAACCAAUUUUACAUUGCUGGUUGUCUCUCAGACUUGGAGCGUCUAAGUAAGGCGUCUGGAGGUCAGGACGAGCAUGAAUGGGUGACGAGCAAUUUGAUAUGUCACACACCUUCAACGGCCUUCAUGUUCUGCCAGUGCAAAGGCGGGCUAGGACACGAUCAUGGCGAGCCAGUGCAGACGCUUUUCCCCUCGACGAUGUGUGAGGCCUUGCGCCCUAACGUUCACCAGUUGGAGUUGAGAGGCCCUGGGGCAAUCAUCUUUGGACACAACUCGACCUUCCCUUGGGUAUGGGGCGACAUUGGACCUCCCGAGGAGGGAGAACUGGGGGGAACAGACAUUGCAUCCAAUUCAGUCGGUAAAGAUACAGAUUCUUUCAAAGACAGCGGUAUUGGGUUUAGCCCUGGUCCAAGCACGAAGCGUACUGCUACCCCUUCGUCUACGACAAACACUAGGAGCCUAUCUGAAUCUAUGAGUGACCUCCUCAUGCGCUCUACGAGGGAAGAGUCGAUGGCUGCGAUAGACAAAAGAGCGUACAGCCGAGAUCGAUAUACAGUGGGGAUCAUAUGUGCCCUAUCCAAGGAACUUAUGGCCGUCCGAGUACUCUUUGAUAGCAGACAUACUGGCUUCAAGACAGGAGUUGCGGAUAGUAAUCAAUAUGCCCUGGGAGAGAUAGCGGGACAUUUGGUGGUCGCCGCAUGUCUCCCGGCCGGAGAGUAUGGAACCAACUCAGCGGCAAGUGUAGCAUCCAACAUGAAACGCAGCUUUCCAUUCAUCCGGUUCUGCCUCUUGGUUGGUAUUGCCGGUGGAGCGCCGUCAGAAAAUAAUGAUAUUCGUCUUGGCGACGUAGUCGUUGGCCUCCCUACCGGUACCAAUCCUGGGGUUUUCCAGUAUGAUCUCGGGAAAAGUAACGAGGACAACUCGUUCUAUCCUACUGGAGUGUUGCAACGCCCGCCUCGCGUGUUGACCAACGCUAUCAAUGCCUUGCAAUCUGACCCGGAGCUACGAACAGACCCCCUGGGACCUCACCUGGAGAGAAUCAUUAACGAUCUACCAGAGUACAGAUAUCCGGGGUCGGAACUGGAUGUGCUUGUCCCGUCCUUCUACAAUUUGUGUGAAUCACGAAAAAUACCUCGUGAUUCCUGCCCUCAUAUUCAUCAACGCGCUCCACGCGCCACGAAUACGCCUGUCAUUCACUAUGGCCUUAUCGCUUCCGGAAAUCGCGUGGUAAAGAAUGCAGCGUUCCGUGACCAGUUGACACAAGAGCAUGGUGCACUAUGCUUCGAGAUGGAGGCUGCCGGUAUUAUCAAUACAAUAGACUGUCUCGUCAUUCGCGGCAUCUGCGACUACUGCGACGGGGCAAAAAAUGACACCUGGCAAGAAUAUGCGGCAGCGACAGCAGCGGCAUAUGCGAAGCUCUUGCUUGGCGCUGUGGCUCCGGUAGAAGAGGAUAAUGUCGAUGAAGGUUGGAGAAGUGGUGAUGAACCAAGAACGAAGAAGCGGAGAUGGAUAUCGUAA